UCUAUCAGCAAUGAACACUUUAAACUUCAAAUUGAAGACUAAAAAGUACUGCCACUUUUUUGGUGCAACCCCAUCUUGACUUUGACCACAUUCCAAGUCUCUAUUCCCAAAACAAACAAUUUAAAACACAAUAAAAUAAAUAAAUAAAAGAAGAUCGACGUGGUUGGCAACUUGGCAGUAUAUUUUUCUUUGCUCCCACCGAACGCCAACAUCACCUAACCAAUACCCCUAUCUGUAAAAUAGUGUUAUCCUAUACAAGUAAGUUUUUUUCCUAUUCAUACCCUGAAUAUAAUCUCAAUCCAAUCAGCAUCCCAGUUGGCCCCACCUGUUUACAACUUAUAACCCACUUUCAAUAAACAAACCAAACCAGGAAAGAAAAUAUAAGAACUGGAAAUUGGAAAGAAAGUGAGAGAGAGAGAGAGAGAGAGAAACAAAAACAAUAAAUAAAAAAUAAAAAGGGAAAGCCAACAACCAAUAUGAGCAAUUCUAUUCCGUUAAUCCAACACCCAGAAAAGAAAACCCGCUCUCUCUCUCUUCUCCUACAUGCAGAAGUAAUUUGACUUCCCUCUUUUUCCAGGCAACAUCCUUUUUCACCCUCCUCCUAUCUCCAUAUAUAAACCACACACCCCCACACCACUCUUCACUCAUCCAAUACCCGUAAAGCUUUUCUCCAUCGAUUCAGACUCCAUCUUCGUCAAAAAGACUUGUAAUUCAAGUGAUUACUAGAGUUGAGUUUCAUCUUUAGUAUUUGGUAAAGACGUAAUUAAUUUCUCACUAAAACAUGUACGUCAACGAGGAUCAAAGUUCGAGCUCAUGUCCGAAGCCCAUUAAAAUCCGGCAAGUGUGGGCCCAUAAUUUAGAAUCCGAAUUCGAAUUGAUACGCGCCGUCAUCGACGACUACACUUACAUCUCCAUGGACACGGAGUUUCCGGGCCUCAUAUUCCGGCAGCCGUACAGCCACGAUUUACAACCGUCCGAUCACUACAAGACUCUCAAAUCCAACGUCGACGCCCUCAACCUCAUCCAGGUUGGCCUCACCUUGUCCGACGCCCACGGCAACCUCCCCGACCUCGGUUCCUCCUCCACGAGCUUCAUAUGGGAGUUCAACUUCAGCGACUUCGACGUCACGCGUGACCCCCACGCUCCCGACUCCAUCGCCCUCCUCCGCAGCCAGGGCAUCGACUUCGACCGCAACCGGUCCGAGGGGAUCGAUUCGGCCCGGUUCGCUGCGCUGCUGAUGUCAUCGGGGCUCGUCCUGAACGAGUCUGUGAGCUGGGUCACGUUCCAUAGCGCGUACGACUUCGGGUACCUAGUCAAGAUUUUGACCGGCCAGCAAUUGCCAAGUGGCUUGAAAGACUUGGAGGAGUUUUUGAAAAUUGUGCGGGUCUUUUUCGGAAAUAGAGUUUACGACGUGAAGCACAUGAUCCGCUUCUGUGAUGGCUUGUACGGAGGGUUAGAGCAAGUUGCGAAACGUUUGGAGGUGAACCGGGCUGUCGGGAAGUGCCACCAGGCCGGUUCAGAUAGCUUGCUGACGUUGCAUACGUUUCAGCAGAUUACGAAAAAGUGUUUCGCUAAUUAUAAGGAGGUGGAGAAGCACGCGGGAAAGUUGUUUGGACUGGCAGUGGUUUGAUUUUUCAUAUUUAGGGUGUAGAUAAUUUAUUUUUUUGAUAAACAAGGCCCCCAUCACAAACAAAAUUAUUUAUUUAUUUAGGAAAACAUCUUAACUAUAUUUGUUCUAUUUCAUUAGGCAAUUUGGUAAAUAAUAUUACAAUUCUUUUCUAAUGCA